AGUUCCAGUCGUUCCCGUGGGAGGGAGCAGUCGGGUCACAUUUGACAAAGACAACAGCUCUCAGGAAGGGUUGUCACCCUGGAGCUGCAGAGGGACAGUCUCCCCGCGGCUCUGAAUUAAGACCUUCUGCUCACGAUGGCGCUGGCCAUGAAGGUGCUGGUGAUGCUGGCCCUGGGGAUGGACCUCUGGCCUUGCUCAGGUUUCCCCGUGUACAACUAUGAUCCCUCCUCCCUGCGGGAAGCCCUCAGCGCCGCGGUGGCCAAAGUGAACGCUCAGUCCCUGAGCCCGUACCUGCUCCGCGCCUUCCGAAGCUCCGUGAAAAGAGUCAAUGUUCUGGAUGAGGACAACGUGAUCAUGGAUUUAGAGUUCAGCAUUCGGGAAACUACGUGCUUGAGAGAUUCCGGAGCAGAUCCCUCUGGCUGUGCCUUCCAGAGGGGCCACUACAUGCCCGCGGCUGCCUGCAGGAGCACAGUGCGGAUGUCGGGCCUGCAGGCGCAGGAGGCGUGGGCUCACUGCCGCUGGCCCUCCACGUCCGAGUCUGACAGCAGCGAAGAGAUGAUUUUUGGGGACAUGAUGAGGUCCUAUAGGUGGAGAAACAAUUAUCUACUUGGUCUCAUUCCCGAGGAACCCAGAAAUGAGCAAUAUUAUGAUCCGUCGCUUGACCUGAGAAGGAGUUUCCCUCCUGGCAGUGGAAGGAGCCCACGCUACCAGCACAGACCAAGAGCAAACACUGGCUUCGAGUAACGGCCCUGAGAGGAGACCCGGGCCCUUCUCCACCUACACUCUGAUGCUAGCUUCUCUUGUGGAGGAAAGCAGAGGUGUGAAGAAGCCAGACGGGAGCCCAGCAGAGGACGGCCUCCACCUUCCCCAAGGCUGUGGGGAGCUGCAGACAGGGCCCUGCUGUGUCACACCAGAGUCUCACCGGGACCUAAGUGCCCAGUGUCUAGGGAUCAGAGCCAACAGAGCUAGGUGCUUUUUGAAGAUUUCCAAGUAUUAAAGGGGCAUCAUGGCACAUUUGAAAGGAAUCUCAAGAUGCAAUUAUAGGUGUUGAUUCAGUGUGUA